CACGCGUUCGGCAGCGUGCUCGCUAACCAUCGUCCAAAACCAGCGCGGGCAUCGUGUAUGCCGGCAUAUUUUGUCAUCAAUCGCCCUCCUCUCUCACGUUCUGCCUUCCCCUGCCAACGACAUGCGCCCUCAUGACAAUCUCUGUGUCUCCGGGUGCCCUGCCAGGCUUCUCUCCUGCCAAAAACUGGCAGAGUUGUCCGUAAACACCGGCCCAGACACCUGCGCUCUCCUCAAGGUCUCCGCGACGCUCGGGCGAUUCCUCCGGCCGCGUUGCUUCUAGCAUGAGUGGCCUAUAUCAAUUGGGUUGAUCGGUCUCAUUGAACACAGGGUCCACUGGUUACGCUUGCCCGAAAUGCGGCAAGUCUCCCUUCCCUUGAAGGGACCCACAUCGCUGCUCGGAGCCGAUUAUCGCGAAGCUUACGGCUUCUCAUUGAGUAUAUAUGCUUCUGCGGUCAAUCUGUAGCGUUUCCCCGUUGACCGUGCGCCGAUGUCUUUGCAUCUCAACCCUCCUUGCCGCGCUGAGCACAUAGGCUCGCUCCUCCGCCCGCAGAAGCUUGUGGCGAAACGAUUUGAGUAUGAAGGCCAGAAAUGCAGCCACACAGAACUCAAGAUCGUCGAGGACGAGAGUAUCCCUGCGAUUGUGCGAUUACAACAAAAGGCCGGAAUCAAGAGCAUAACUGACGGCGAGAUGAGAAGAGGCGCAUUCUAUCAGGGCAUGUUCGAGACUUUGGGUGGGAUGACGGUCAUUCCUGCGCGUUCCCUGUCCACAUUCAAGGAAUAUCUUCCCUACGUGGCCAUCUUUCACAUGAUGAGACUCACCGAGUACCCAUCGAUCUACACGACUGGCAAGAUCAGGAGGACCAAGGGGGUCCAUACUGAGGACUUCGAGUUUCUGAAAAACCUCGUUUCCCCCGAGGAUGUCAAAUACCUCAAAAUAACUAUCUGCGGCCCUACGUGGAUGCACCUCCGCCAUGGCUCAGAACACGCGUAUGACAAAUCUGUCUAUGCGACCGACGCCGAGUACUUCGAGGACCUCAUCAAGGCCUAUCGUGAGGAAAUUGACGAGCUGUAUCAACUGGGGUGUCGUAACAUCCAAUUCGAUGACCCGACGUUUGCCUUCUUCUGUGCGGAAUCAAUGAUCGCCGGCAUGGAGCAGGCUGGCGUUGAUCAUGAAGCUCUCCUGGAUAUGUACAUUACGAUCUAUAACGAUAUCCUUGCGGAGCGUCCAGGCGACCUGAUGGUGGGCAUCCAUACUUGCAGAGGCAAUUACAAGGGGAUGCAUUACAGCGAAGGUAGCCUCGAAAGAAUAGCGGAGAAGUACUUCCGUAAUUUGGACGUCGAUUGCUACUAUCUGGAGUACGACACAGAACGCUCGGGAGGGUUCGAGCCCUUACGAUUCCUGCCGCCCGACAAGGUUGCCGUGCUAGGGCUUGUGUCAACGAAGGUGUCUCAGCUCGAGAGCAUCUCGGAACUCAAGGCACGCGUUGAGGAGGCUGCUGAGAUAGUCUCGCGAGGAACGCCGAAGCGGUCGAGACAGGACGCACUGAACCAACUCUGCCUUAGCCCGCAGUGUGGCUUUGCGUCCGUGUUCGAAGGCAACCCACUGAGCGAAGAGGAGGAACGACGCAAGCUGGAGCUGGUCGUGGAAGCUGCGAAGCAGAUUUGGCUGUGAUCGCUUGGGUGAUCGUUGGUGGCCCUCGACCGCGAGGUCUGGACCACCGUCUGGUUCGUGUGGAUCACCUCGGCUGAUCACAGGAGCAGGAGGAGGCGUGACUC